AGGAGCGCAGACGCCAUCCGGACACGCUUUUCUUUGUGGAUGAACACUCCAACCCGUUUCGGAAAUGUGGACAGAAAUUGGGAAAUUACUAUUUUUUCAUUUUAUGGUCUGGGAAUUAUACUCAGCAAAAGGUGCUGAAACAGACACUGAAACGGAGUGCGAGGAUGGACAGUUUCAGUGCAGCAAUAAGAGAUGUAUUCCCACUAUAUGGAGAUGUGAUGACGAUGAUGACUGCUCGGACAACAGCGAUGAGGAGAACUGCCUGAAGAAGACAUGUGCACCCUCAGAGUUUGCAUGUGCGAACGGUCAGUGUGUUCCUGGGCGCUGGCAGUGUGAUGGAGAACCAGAGUGUCCAGAUGGAUCAGAUGAGGCAGACACCACCUGCACAGUCAAACAGACGUGUCCACCGGAGAAGUUUGACUGUGGAGGGACGUGUGUGUCGCUGUCCUGGCGUUGUGACGGUGAAAGAGACUGUGAAAAUGGUGCAGAUGAAGAGGACUGCGCAGCGGAUGCCAGGUCCUGCUCAGCAGGAGAGUUCCAGUGUCGUAACCGUAAAUGUUUAGCACCGGUGUACGCGUGUGAUGGUGACGACGACUGUGGAGAUGGCAGUGAUGAAGAGAAGUGCUCUCCGCCCACCUGUGGACCACAUGAGUUUCGAUGUAACAGUUCAGAGUGUGUGCCGCAACCCUGGACCUGUGACGGCGACCCCGACUGCUCUGAUGGCUCUGAUGAGUGGGUGGGGCGAUGUGGGGGUGGGUCUGGACGACCAUCUCCGCCCCUUGCCCGCAGGCUGCAGUGCAGUGCUGGAGAGUUCCGCUGUGGCAGUGGGGAGUGUGUGAGACUGGCCUGGAGGUGUGACAGAGAUCCUGACUGUAAGGACAAAUCAGACGAGGCCGACUGCCCUCUGCUCACAUGCCGACCCGAUGAAUUCCAAUGCGGCGACGGAUCCUGCAUCCACGGCAUCAAACAGUGCAACAAAAUACAUGACUGUCUCGACAAAAGCGACGAGGCCGGCUGUGUCAACGCCACAAAGUGUGAAGGCCCUCUGAAGUUCCUCUGUAGGAACGGGGAAUGCAUUGAUGGAAGCAAGGUGUGUGACAAUGUGAAGGACUGCAAGGAUCGGUCGGACGAAUCCAAGGAGUGCAGCUUAAAUGAAUGUUUGCUCAACAACGGUGGCUGCUCACAUAUCUGUGUGGAUCGGCCCAUUGGAUAUGAGUGCCAGUGUCCCACUGGAUACAAGCUGCUGGACAAAAGGACAUGUGGAGACAUUGAUGAGUGUGAGAACCCUGAUGCGUGCAGUCAGAUCUGCAUUAAUCUUAAAGGGGAUUUCAAGUGUGAGUGUCACCCAGGCUAUGAGAUGGACCCUGUGAGCAAGACUUGCAAAGCAGAGGGAAAAAGCCCUUACCUGAUGUUCACAAACAGGCAUGAGAUCAGGCGUAUUGACCUUGUGAAGAGGGACUACACGCAGGUGGUUCCUACUCAGAAGAACGCUGUUGCCAUCGAUAUAGACGUGGCCACCAACCGCAUGUUCUGGUGUGACCGUUUUCAACGCAAAAUAUUCAGUGCGUACAUCCAUGAGGCGAGUGACCCGUCUCGGCACAUUACUCUGAUCGACUCAGAUCUGCACUCCCCUGAGGGUCUAGCUCUGGAUUGGGUCCAGCACAACCUCUACUGGACUGACUCGGGUGACAGAACUAUCUCUGUGGCCUCUUCGGAUGGCAGCAAGAGACGCGUGCUGAUCAGCACCGAAUUGAGUGAGCCGCGGGCCAUCGCUGUUGAUCCAGAGCGAGGGUUCAUAUACUGGUCUGACUGGGGCAUUCAGGCCAAGAUUGAGAAAGCUGGCAUGAAUGGUGUGGAUCGACAGGUGUUGGUGUCUGAAGACAUUGAGUGGCCCAAUGGAAUCACUCUAGAUGUUGUUGGUAAGCGCUUGUACUGGGUGGACUCCAAGCUGCACCUGAUCUCCAGCGUAGAUUUAAACGGGGCCCAUCGCAGAGUCAUCUUAUCCUCCACCGAGAGACUCGGCCAUCCUUAUGCCCUCGCUGUGUUCGAGGAUCGAGUGUACUGGACAGACCGUGAAAAAGAGGCCGUAUACAGCGCAAACAGACUCACGGGUCAAGAUGUGACCAGCCUUGCAGAACACCUCAAUGAUCCUCAUGACAUUGUCGUUUUCCACGAGCUGAGCCAACCUGAGGCUCCUGACAGCUGUAACCUGGGCGGUGUGACUAACGGUGGCUGUGACUUUCUGUGUCUGCGAGCCCCUCAGAUCAGUGAGCACUCACCCAAGUACACCUGUGCUUGUCCUGACGGAGAGGAGCUGAGCUCUGAUACACGCCAAUGUGAACCCGUCCAAAAUGAGACUACUGCAAUGCCCACUAUGCCCAGCAACAUAACUAUGGAACCAGUAAUGGGGGCUGGCCGGGUACCAGAGUUCCCUGCGGCAGUAACCUCUCAGUCUGACAGUGUGGCUGAGACCAGUACCUCAUUGCUCCUCACUUCUAGCACAGAGGAACAGGCUGCAGACUCCUCGAAUGUUACAGCAGAGCAUAUUCCAACCCAGACAUUCAGUACCACACCAGGAGACAUGAACAACUUAUCCCAUCAGUCUGGCAAUGAGUUGUUUCUCCUUGGCCGUAAUCUGACAGUGGCAGUGCUUGGCGUUGUGAUUCCCAUAGUUCCUAUUGUUGCCACAGUGGUCUUCGGGGUGCUGUGUGCUGGAGGAUACCUUGUGUACCGCAACUGGAGGCGGAACAGCACCAAGAGCAUGAACUUCGACAAUCCCGUCUACCGCAAGACCACGGGAGAGACAGAGGAGGACGAGAUUCAUAUUGGGCGGACUGACGUCCUCGCUGGACACCACCACCCUUACCCUGGACCCGUGGUGGGCAUGACGCCAGUCGUUACAGGGACGUGCCCACCUUUCAUUGCUCUGCCUCUAGGGACGGGCUUACCAGACCAAGCCACACACUGGUACACAGAGCAGCCCACCAUUUCUAGUACUUAGUGAAGGGUAGGAACUCUAGAAAUAUUGUAAGUGCCUGGAGCAGGACUGAGAUAUGGCUGCAAAGCUAUGCAGGUACUGAGCAAGAGAAAUUUUUGUGAGCUGAAACAUUCUUAAACAGGCCAGUUUUAAACACACUGGAGUGCAAACACUGGAUACGCACUGUAAACAGGCUGGAAAUUUGUGAAGGAAAGUUGUCUGUAUUUCAGACCCAUAUUCAUUGGCAUAUUUUAAGCAUCAUCUUAACCUGAUCUCAUAGAAUUCCAUUACUAAACCUAAAUUUUUUGCCAGAUUUGUACGUGCCAAAUUUGUACGUGCCUCACUGUACGUUCACUGCAGUUUUCUGGUGAAAUGAAUACUAGAGGCGCAACAACAACAAUGACUUUUAUUUCCUUUCUCCGGUAUCACGAGCAAAAUGGUGGACUAACACAAUGUUAUCUUAUAAAAUCGAAGUACUUUUACUAUAGUUUGUGAUGUGUAAGGCCAUUUGCAUUACAUAAUCAACUACAUUUACAAACUUGUUCGAGCGAGAUAAAAUUGUGCAGUAGUUUGCACUGAUAAAGCGUUGCACUUGCGAUGCUAAGGACUGAGGUACGAGUCCUAAUGAGUAUGCGAGUUGACAUUAAAGUUGAAUGUGUUAUAGAAGUACAAGCAAAUGACAAGAUUGCUUCAGCAUUUACAUUAUUUAUCCCUCAUUUACUUUUCUGACUGUCGGUUAGGUUUAGGUUUAAGGUUUGGGAUGGGAUGGGGAGGUAUUUUAUGUUGAUUUAAAACUCGAUAGAGCAUUAACCUUAAACACUUCAUCAAUUUGGGAGAAAAUGUAACUCGCUUUAAGAGCCACACAGUGGACAUUUCACCUCGGAACUGCUGCGAAACGUGUAAUGAACCAUGUCAUUUUGUUUGUCGCCACAGUCAAGUCAUAUUCAUGAGAUCAGGCUCUCAUC